AUGGCGUGCUCGUUCCCCACGAACCAAGCGAUUGUCGUCGGCGGCGGCCUGGGAGGCAUGUCUGCCGCGAACACCGUUGUAGAGCACGGCGGUAGGGUGGUUUUGCUCGACAAGUCGUCCUUUUGUGGUGGCAACAGCACAAAAGCCACCUCCGGUAUCAACGGAGCAGGCACCAAGACGCAGAAAGCAAAGGGCAUUCCGGACACUGCAGAGAUCUUUACCCAGGACACCUUGAAGGGUGGAGCAAAGAAGCCAGAGUUGGCGAAGCUGCUGUGCGUGAACAGCGCCGCCGAUGUUGACUGGCUUGUGGACAAGUUCAACCUUGACCUGUCCCUCGUGGCCCGUUUGGGUGGCCACUCGCAGCCUCGCACCCAUCGAGGAAAGGAGCGAUUCCCUGGCAUGACCAUCACCUAUGCCUUGAUCCAGAUGCUCGAGAAGGUCGCUGAGAAGACGGACCUGGCCCGCAUCAUUACCAAGGCAAAGGUCUUCCAGCUGGUCACGGACAAAAACGCCUGCGUGGGCUGCAUCUAUGAGAAGGGCGGCCUCCACCUGCAAGAGUUCGGCCCGGUGAUCCUGGCGUCAGGCGGCUUUGGAGCCGACUUUACCCAGGACUCAUUGCUGGCCAAGUAUCGGCCGGAUCUCCUGCAUCUGCCCACCACCAACGGUGAGCACUGCACCGGCGAUGGCAUCAAGAUGGGCGAGGCCAUUGGUGCAAAGACGAUCGACCUUGAGUGGGUUCAGGUGCACCCGACCGGCCUGGUGAAGCCGGACGAUGCUGAUGCGAAGAUCAAGUUCCUGGCUGCCGAGGCCCUGCGUGGUGUGGGCGGCAUCAUCCUCAACGCAGAGGGCAACCGAUUCUGCAACGAGCUGGGACGCCGCGACUAUGUCACGGGCGAGAUGUGGAAGAGCAAGCCACCGUUCAGGCUCUGCCUCAACCGUGCUGCAUCAGACGAGAUCAUCUGGCACUGCAAGCACUACACGGGACGUGGUGUCAUGAAGUACUACAACAGCGGUGAGGACUUGGCCAAGGACAUGGGCAUCUCCUUGUCCGUGAUCGAGAAGGCUCACGAGGACCACUACCAGGCUGCCAAGAUGAUGGAGAAGGAUCCCGAAGGAGGCAAAUGGCCUGCGUACCCUUCAGGAAAGUGCUGGGAUGAGGCCAGUGGAACGACAGGCAGUGGCAAGAAGUUCUAUCACAACAUCAUUCCGGGCUCUGCCGUGAAGUCCGAGCCCUUCUAUGUUGCCAUCAUCACGCCUGUGAUCCACUACUGCAUGGGUGGUCUCCUCAUCGACACGGACUCCGCCUGUGUUGGCUCCAACAACCAAGCCAUUCCGGGCCUGUACGCUGCCGGCGAGGUGGCGGGCGGCGUGCACGGCAACAACCGCUUGGGAGGCAACUCCCUGCUGGACUGCGUGGUGUUCGGCCGCGUGGCCGGUAAGGCAGCUGCCAAGUACAUGUUGGGCGCGGACAUGAAGGAUGUGGAUCUGUGCGCGAUCACCGGCGGAGGGCUGACUGGUGCGGUGGAGAGCUCCAAGCUGGCUGGCGGCUCCUACGAGGACAAGAUGAACUCUGCUGCCCCGGCGGCCGCUGCAGCUGCGCCUGCGGCUGGCGGUGGUGGUGGCGGAGGCAUCAGCCUUGCAGACGUUGCGAAGCACAACACCAAGACGGACUGCUGGGUGGUGGUCGAUGGUCAGGUGCUUGACGUCACCAGCUUCUUGUCGGAUCACCCCGGUGGCGAGCUGGCCAUCCUCACCUUCGCCGGGAAGGACGCAACGGAGGAGUUCAACAUGAUCCAUCCUCCCGAUGUGAUCGGCAAGUAUGCACCCGACUCCGUGAUUGGCAUGAUCGGCGCUGGUGGUGGCGGCGGUGGCGGUGCUGUUGCGGCCGGCGGCGGCGGCGGCGGCGGCGGUGGAAUCACGAUGGAAGAGGUGGGCAAGCACAACAGCAAGACGGACUGCUGGGUGGUGGUCGACGGACAGGACUCGUUUGUGGCCUACAAGCACCGCCAGAGAAGGUUGCAAGCCCGCUUCAGCAAGGUGCUUGACGUCACCAGCUUCCUGUCGGAGCACCCCGGUGGCGAGCUGGCUAUCCUCACCUUUGCCGGAAAGGAUGCCACCGAGGAGUUCAACAUGCAUAUUUCAUCUGGAGUCAUGAACAGCUUGAGUCAUGAAGAGCAGCAGCUGAACACCACGAUCCAUCCUCCCGACGUCAUCGGGAAGUACGCCCCGGACUCCAUCAUUGGAAAGGUGUGGAGCUGGGUGUGGGCGGUGUGCGGGCUAAGUACACAGGAGUUCCACGUAACGUCGGUUCUGGCGCUCCGGCGGCUGCCGCCCCGGCCACGGGAGGCGAAGGAUUGGACCAGACAUGAGCAGACGCUGGGGCUUUUCAUGUAUUUGCUCGCGCUUCUCUUUCCGGACUUGCAUGUCCUCGGCUUCAUGAAGGAGAUUCUCUUCACCAUCGUGCCGCAGAGCAACGUGACCAUCACUGGUGACCGCGUCGGUCUCACACGCUCCGCGAUGCUUCUUGUGCAGGGUGAAGAUCGUGGGCCUGAAGAUGUGCGGCAUCUCUAUCUGUUCCUGUUCAUCUUCAUCAUCAUCCACGCUGUCGGCAACCUGCACGUCUUCCUAGGCCCGGACGAUUUUAACGGCUACGGCUACUUCUAUGUCCGGCUCUACUGGACGGGCUUCGGCUUCCAGGCCAACAUCGUUGAGGAGUACAUCCUGCUUGCGGCCCUGCUGCACGUCUUUGUCGCCCUGAAGAGGGCCAAGGCCCAGGAAACGCUUCUCAAGCCCGUCGUGACAUAUUCAUGGCGGCCUGCAUCCUGGAUCCAACCAAAGGUCAAAGUAGCAUCUGGCAAGUUGAACCUGGCCUUCUCCGGCGUCACCUUGCUCACCUUCAUGAUGAUCCACCUUUACCAGUUCCGGGCGACGCUGCUCCAGCUGAGGCUGAACCUCUUCUGGGUUGACACCCCAGGAUGCCAGGCGGUGUACGUGCGGGAUAUCUACCGCAUGGAGUUCGAGAUCUUCCAGUCCCUCGGCUGGGUGCUCUUCUACUUGGCGGCUGUGAUCAUCUUCAGCACGCACAUGUGCUUGGGCUGGCAGAAGGUCGUGCCCGCUCCGGCCUUGGAGAUCCCCAAGAAGUACCACAGCCGAGCCAUCCACAUGGGCUACGUCUUCACCUUCUUCAUCGCUCUGAUCUACGCCAGCUUCCCGCUCUACACCCACCUCUUCGCCAUGUCCUCCGGAUCCCUGAGCCAGGAGCCGGCACAGCCCUAA